AUGUCCAUUUUAAGUCAAGAGAUACGAGGAAGACCGGAGGCUAUUAAUCCUUCAUUUGCUGAGAUCUCACCACCUCAUCACCGUGAAAUCAUCUCCACCAUCAGAAACUCGCCAUCGCCAUGGAGUUCAACAUCCAGUCAGCAGCUCUCAACAAUGGGAAGAAAUGCCAUGCAUGCCGUCAACCAUCCACCAGGUGUCCUUGGGCCAACAUCACCCUCUUCGUUCCCCGCCUUUCCACCAUGGACACAAGCAGCAACAGGUGCCCAUGCGAGUGAGGCCGACAAUGACUACGUCUCACAUGGUGUUCGCGAACUACUAGCCGAGCAAACCACGUAUUGGUGCCCGGCUGUGGACAGCGAAAUCACCCCGGUUGUUGGGCGGCGUUUCAGCACAUUGGCCGAAGGCAUCGACUUUUACACUAACUACGCACGAGUCUGCGGGUUUGAUGUGCGGCUCCACACCACGGAACGGGCCCGCGACGGGGAGACCGUGAUGCGUUAUUUGGUAUGUAACCGAGAAGGCAUUAAGGGUGGUGGCAUUAGCAAGCCUAUCUGUGUACACGCAGAUAGUGGAGGUAAGAGGAAGCAAAGAAGAAGACGGAUAUCUCACAGGGUUAAGUGCAGAGCCCGGGUAUGUUUUAGAAAGGUGAGCAGUGGGGAGUUUGAGAUAACUGUGUUCGUUGAGGGACACAGUCAUCGUAUGUGUUCUGACGCAUCGAAGCUAUUCAUGAGAGUUAACCGAAAAUUGGAUGUGGCACACCAGGCGUUUGCAGCAAACUGUGUUCGAGCGAAUGUUGGCUCCUCCAAAGGUUUCAAGCUAUACAGGGAGGUCACCGGGUCAUACGCAAAUGUUGGUGCGACGGACACCGAGUUCCACAAUUUCAAACGGGACCUCCAGGUAUAUGUUGAUGGCAAAGACGGUGAAAUGAUUAUAGAGAAGUUUAAAACAAAGCGUGCUAUGUGUGAGAACUUCUUUUUCGACUACGAUCUGGACGAAGAAAAUCGAGUUGCGCGACUUUUCUGGGCUGACCCCAUCGGUCGUCGCAAUUUUUCGUUAUUUGGCGACACGGUCUCAUUCGAUGCUACUUACGGUACAAACAGGUACAAUCUAGUAUUCGUUCCGUUCACCGGGGUGGACCACCAUAAGCGGUGCAUUACUUUUGCUGCCGGGUUGCUCACUAAAGAGGACGUUGAAUCGUACACUUGGUUAUUACGGGGGUUUAGGACUGCAAUGAGUUCUGUCCCAUCGUGCGUGAUCACUGAUCAAGACCCGGCUAUGAAGAUUGCUAUUGCUCAGGUUUUGCCAGAUUGCCGGCACCGGUUCUGUAUGUGGCACAUUAUGACAAAGGUGAACGAGAAAAUUGGGUCUGACUUGGUAAAAGAUGUGCAGUUUCGUAAUAGACUAAACGGUAUUGUCUGGAACGAGACCAUCAGUGUAGGUGAGUUCGAGGAGCAAUGGCGUUUGUUAAUGGAAAAGUACAACCUAACAACCCACCGCUGGUUCACCAAGUUGUAUACUGAAAGGGAGCUCUGGAUCCCUGCAUAUUUUACAGAUUUGCCCAUGAGUGGGUUGUUGCGCACUACGUCCCGAUCUGAAGCAGAGAACAGCAUUUACGGGAAGUGUUCCCGACCCCACUUCAGUCUGGUGGAGUUUUAUAUGCAGUACGAGAGUAUACUGGAGACCCAGCGUUACAAGCAAAGCAAGUUAAACGCCGAGAGCGAGGGGUACUUGCCCGAUUUCAAAACCCCCUUGGCACUUGAACGGUAUUUGGCACAGAUGUUCACGAUAAUAAUUUUUUAUGAGCUACAACACGAAAUUGAAGCUGGGUGUUUUUAUUGUCGAGUGGUUGGUAUCCGGGAGGAGGGGGAGGUCAUCACUUACGACAUAAGAGGGGAAGGCACGACUACCUACACUGUGCAACACACCCCGGUAGGGAAUCAUGCAUCAUGUAGUUGCAAGCUAUUUGAGCGGAUGGGGUUAGUUUGUCGUCAUAUGUUCUUGGUGUUCAGGGAUGCACAGAUUAAAAGCCUGCCGUUGGACUAUGUCCUUCCACGUUGGUGCAAGCAGGUUGGCGGUGUUGUAUGUUGCAGGCAGUGUAGCGAUGUUCCUUCUACGGACUCUGGUCCUAGCCGAAUAUGGAAUGCGAUGCACACAUGCGCUGCAUUGGUAGGGAGCGACACAGAACGGCAGUCGCGACUGGUGCAAGUAUUAGAAGAUUUGAAAGGGGAAUUUAUGAAUGCUGGUCCAAACAUUGCCCAUGCAAAAGGUAACAAUGCUGCUAUCGUGGCUUUAUGUGGCGUUGCACCCCCGGCAUCCAUCACCAUCAAGCCCCCUGUUCAAGCUAAAAACAAAGGGACGGGCAAGCGUAUUAAAAGCCAACGUGAGUUAGCUGUUUUGAGCAGUGCAAAAAAAGGGCGUAAAUGCGGUGUGUGUGGCGAGUACGCCCAUCAUAACGCUCGUAGUUGUCCGUAUAAGUGA